GGUACCACUGGCUGUAUCCCAGAAAAUGAGGGUCUUAUGGGUGCUUUCCAUGAUAUCGCACCGUAUUCAUCUACUUCAGGUACAUCCUCAACGCUCAUCCAAAAGCCCUCUUUUGAUGUGUUCAUUAAUCAUCGUGGACCAGAUGUAAAAAGAAUAUUAACCAGCAGAAUCUAUGAUAUCCUUGAUAACAUGAAGAUCACAGCUUUUCUGGAUUCAGAGGAGUUGGAGUAUGGCGAUUUCUUGCCUACAACAAUAGAAACAGCAAUUCGUGGUGCUACCCUUCAUAUAGCAAAUUUUUCCAGAUAGAUAUGCAGAAUCAGCUUGGUGUUUGGAAGAGCUAUCAUUAAUGCUUAAAAGUGGCGCCAAAAUUAUCCCUGUUUUCUACUAUGUAGAGCCUUCUGAUCUCAGAUAUGUAGCUCAUGGGAAAGGAAAGUACGCUGCUGCCUUUAAUAAGCAUGAAAAAAAUUGUAGAUAUAAACCAGAAAAGCUUCAGGAAUGGAAAAAGGUACUCUCCGAGGUCUCAUUGUACAGUGGCGAAAUCAUAAAAAAUAAUGGUGAUGAGAUGAGGCUGUUCAAGAAUAUUGUGAAUAUUGUAUUGAAAGAAAUACGGAAUGUGCCCCUAAUAGUUGCAAAACAUCCAGUAGGUCUCAACGAAGCAAUGAAAGAUUUUGAGAAUACACUCAAACUUGUCCAAAGUGAUCAAGGUGUACAAAUUGUGGGUAUAUGGGGUAUGGGUGGUUGUGGCAAGACCACACUUGCCAAAGAAUUAUACAAUAAAAGAUCUUCUUCCAUGGAAAGGUCUUGUUUUAUUUUUGAUAUUAGAGAAGCCAAAGAUGUGUUGCAGAACAAACAGAUUCAACUCCUCAAAGGCCUUGGCGUGAAUGAAUCAAUUGACAAUAUAGAGCACGGUAAAGCAAUUCUUGCAAGGCAUUUGAGAUCUUUUAGGGUUCUCAUAGUUAUGGAUGAUGUGGAUCAUCUGAACCAAUUGGAUGCACUUUUACCUACAAAAGACAGCUUUGGAAAGGGCAGUCUCAUCAUUGUUACAACACGGGAACGUGAAGUUCUUACAUCUUGGGGCAUAUGCUCUAUAUAUAAAAUGAAGGCACUUGAUUCAUUUAAUGCCGAGCAACUUUUUUGUUGGAAUGCUUUUUUACAGCCCUCUCCUCUCAUUGGAUUUGAGGAGCUUGUUAAAAAGUUCAUAGAGGCUUGUCAUGGAUUGCCCCUCUCCCUCAAGGUAUUUGGAGGACAGCUAUAUGGGAAGUCCAGCAAAUCGUAUUGGGAGUCUUUGUUUCAUAAAAUCUCAAGAAUAUUGUCUAAUGAUAUCAAAGAAAAACUCAAAGUAAGUUAUGAUGAUCUUGACAAUGAAGAGAAAGAGGCAUUUCUUGAUACUGCAUGUUUCUUUAUCGGUGAAAAGAAUAGUUUGGCAAUUGAAGUUUGGGAUGGAUCAGGGUGGAGUGGUUUGUACAGUUGGGAAAGGCUUCUAAAUAAGUUUUUGGUUGAGGUUGAUGAUAAUAAUUGCAUCAGAAUGCAUGAUCACUUAAGAGAUCUAGGAAGGGAAAUUGCAAAUCAACAUUCACCCUCUCGAUUUUGGUUAUCCCAGCAUAUUGUCAAUUCUGACAAACAAAUAGAGAAAAUAAAAAGCAUUCGAGGAAUUAAGGCUGCCCCAAUUGAAAUUGAAGAGCGGUUGUUGUAUAAAGAAGAACACUUAAGUGGGAGAAUUUGGUCCCUCACCCACUCUUUAGUUGGACUAAGGCUUUUGGUGAUUAGAGGAGAUUAUUUUACUCAAGUAAUGGGUGAGGCAUCAAGAGAGCUGGUCUGGCUUCGCUGGUCCGAUAUUGGACAGAGAAAUCUUCCGACACAACUUUCAUUGAAAAAUUUGAGGGUUUUAGAACUAUUUAGAUCAUUUCAGUUAGAAAAGUUGUGGGAGGCUCAGAGCAAUGCUCCCGUGCAAUUAAGAGAGUUGAUUAUUUCUGAAUGCUAUGGACUCCACAGAUUCCCAAACUCAAUAGGGUGUCUUAAUCAGUUGAAAAAGAUAGUAAUCAAAUCUUGCAAUAUAGAUUGUCUGCCAGAAGAAUUUUGCUGUCUGCAAUUGUUGGAGCACCUCGAAUUACUUUAUUGUGGAACGCUAUCAUCACUACCCAACAGUUUCGGCGAUUUGAGAAACCUGCGGUAUGUUGAUUUUGUUGCUCUUUGGUUAUUUAAGAUGAAAACGGGAUUCUUUCUGGGUGUGCAUAAAAACAGAUUGACAAAUCAGUCUGUGAGAAGAAAAAAUGGAGAAACACAGUGCCAUAGUUUGAGUGUGAACAAAGUUCUAACAUUAAAACAGAGAAAUACAGUGCCGUGUUUUGAGUGUGAACAAAGUGGAAGCGUUAAACAGUGCCGUAGUUUAACAGAACCAGCCGAGGGUUUCUUGAGAAUCAAUACUCUGUUUUUGUUACAGAAAACAGAAAAGAAAAAUGAUUCAUCAAGUUAUGAUGAAGAAAAUACAGAGAAUUCAAAUGCAGAGACAGGUACUCUUCAUUAUACACCCUCAAAAAUUAUAACAAAGAGACAUCCUCAAAGUCAAGUUAUUGGAAAUAUAGAUGCAGAUUGUAAACCAGUCAGCACUCCAAUGGAAACAGGCUGUAAAUUGAUCAAAUCAGAUGACUCACCUGCAGUAAAUCAAUCUGAGUACAGAUAUGUUCAAGGCACACUAGAUUAUGGUCUUUGGUAUCCUCGCAAUAAUGACUUCACUCUUGUGGGUUUCACUGAUUCUGAUUGGGCUGGUUGUCUAGAUGAUCGUAAAAGCACCAGUGGAGCUGCCUUCUUUCUUGGUGAUUGUCUUGUUGCUUGGCACAGUAAAAAACAAGAUUGUGUGUUGGCUAAUGAGUUUCAAUUGCUGUUUGUUCCUUCACAAGCCCAAGUUGCUGACAUUUUUACAAAAGCCUUAUCUAAAGAAGUUUUUGAACGAUAUUGGCAUAUUGGUAUUCACUCUAGUAUUUCAUUUCUGACAGUGACAUUGGAUAUUGGCAUUUCACAGAUAUUGGCAUUUCACAUAUUGGCAUUGGAAUUUCAUUACAGUGGCACAAGCAUUUUGGGUAUUUCAGUUCAGUAUUCUUGUUUGAUUCAGAUUGGGAGUUCAUUAUUUACAGAAUUGCAAGUUCAGAGAAUGUUGUUUUAUACGACAAAGUUCAGUGGUGAUUUUGCGUUUAACAGGUUAUUUAAGAUGAAAACGGGAUUCUUUCUGGGUGUGCAUAAAAACAGAUUGACAAAUCAGUCUGUGAGAAGAAAAAAUGGAGAAACACAGUGCCAUAGUUUGAGUGUGAACAAAGUUCUAACAUUAAAACAGAGAAAUACAGUGCCGUGUUUUGAGUGUGAACAAAGUGGAAGCGUUAAACAGUGCCGUAGUUUAACAGAACCAGCCGAGGGUUUCUUGAGAAUCAAUACUCUGUUUUUGUUACAGAGUAUAUGA